AGAAGAGGAGGCGAGGAGAGGAAAGAAGGGAAGGAGAGAGGGGCUGAGUGGAGCAAAGAGCAAAAACAAAACAAAYAGAAAAAAAGAGCUUGCAGCUAUUUAAAGGGAUUCCAAGGCGGUUCAGUUCUGCUGGCUUUUUAUUCCUGACGGAAAGCGUCAUCAAAUUAGGACCAAAAAGUCUGUCUCCCCUUUCCCUCACAGUAUUCACUGCAAGGUUGCCUCUUUGCUCUCRAGUGUGAAGCAGAGGGCCUCCCAAACACAGACCAAGACUGGCUGCAUGUAUCACCCAGCAGAGUUCUACUCUGGCCGUAACACAUGGGACUCCUAUCCAGCUGGAGGGCCUAACAGAGGACCAUGGGCGCCUGUGAACGGUCGGCCCUGGAACAACACACAAAGAUGCCAAGAAGGGCGCAACCAGUCCCAUCAUUCACCAUCAGGUCGUCUUUAUAAUAGAGGGGACAGAAGUCAUGUCCAGGACAAAGUCAUGCCGAAGGGACAUCGUCAGCCAUUCCGAAACUGGGACAGUAAAGAACAACAGUUCCAGGCCCAGAACUGGCAUCUCAACGCUACACGCUCGUUCAGCAACCAAGGAGGUGCCAAUGGUUACCUGGCAAGACCCGGCCAGCGCUACGUAGACUGGCAGUACAAUCAUGGGGAUCCUCGUCUGAAUCGCAACAACAGGGAACUGCAGCCCCCUCCAGAUAGAUGGGCCACCUCUGACCAACACAGAAACUUCACCGGCAGAAUGGUAAACAACAGACCAGGACCCUGGAAACGGCCAGCCCUCCACCAGCGACAUCAUCACAGCCCACCCCCACAGCACCAUCUGUCUCCCAGGAAUGGGUGUCCGGCGAAGAGGAAACGAGACUUCAGCCCUGAUCAACCAUGUCACCCUGGAUUGAGGCAUUUGCCUCUACUUGCCCACGCUCCAUCAUCACCCAGCCACCACCGGUGCAACCAGGAUGACAGGGCAGGUCCUUGCUACCACACUGAAUACAGGACCUCAUCAACACAGCAACAGGAAACCUCUGAAGUGCGAGCUGAAGGCCAUGACUUUGGUAACUCAGAACUUGUGAACCAGAGCUGUGGAGGCAAAGCAUCAUACCAUUGUAACAGAGAAAAGGUUGAAUGGAAAAUCUCGGCUUCACCAGCAGACCCCACCCGUGUGCCUUACAGCCAGCAAAGUCAUCAUUACCACCAUCAGCGGCACACAACCCACCCGAGAGUCCCACAGCACAAUGCGGUCCUGCAGCCUCUUGAGGAGAAGGACUCCUGGGGUCCUCACCACAAACAAAGCACAGAAACUCAUCACACCCAUCUAAAAGGCAACUCAAGGGAUCCAUCAAUCAGCAAGAAUUCAGUUACAGACUCUCCACCAUAUCGUUCCUCUCAUCCAAAAGAUGGUGGUUCUGCUUCCAGCCGCCAAGGUGCUCUCUCCAGUCCCUCGUUGUACACUGAGACCAGUGGCAGAAAAGAUUCCCCAGAUGUUCAGCCUGGUUGUUCCAGCCUAAAAGAGCAGCAGAAAAGCCMAGCAAGCCCAAGUCAUGCAUCAAGACCCGGCCUGACAUCUACCAAGAUUCGUACAUCUCAUGCUGUCUCCAAAUCCAGGUUUUCAGAUCCCAAAGGCAGGAAGACCUGCUCACAACAGUCUCCCCUCGCCAACUCAAAAGCAAGCAAGCCCGAGAAGGUGAAGGAGGAUGUCAGAAAAACUGAGUCUAAACAGAAAGACAAGGCUCUGAAAAAGGAGAGAAAGAACAAUGCCGAAAAGGCAUACAGAAAGGAUGAGGAAAGGAAACGGCGACGGAGGAGAGAAGAAAAACGCUCAGGGGAAAAGAAGAGAAAGAGAGAUAAAGGGUUGAAGGACAUAAAAUUAAAUGGAAAAUUCAAAAAGGCAAAGAAGGAAGUGGUUUCUUCCUCCUCUGCUUCCUUGUGUCCAGGAGAGGCCAAAUUCAGUAAAGUGGAGACACCAUCUUCAUCCUCAGAGAGUCAAAGCCAGUCAUCCCCCAAACAAAAGCACAGGGAGAGGACAUCAGUCAGUCCACCCACAGAAUGUCCUCGUCCCAGCUGCACUUCACAGCAUUCAACAUUAAAAUCGGGUAAGAAGCCAAAAAAGAAACACAGUCCCUCUCAACCCUCUGUCAAAAAGCAGUCAACAAAAUCUCUCUCUAAUUGCCCCAAACAAACCAGCAACAYAUUAUGUCCCUCGGAGAAUGGACCAAAAACACACUUGAAUGGCACAUUCCCUUCUGUUGUGUGUAAAGCCUCAGCACUACUCAGCACUGCAUGCUCCGUUAGCUUAGAACAAGCCAUUCAUAACAAAGAUGAUGGUCAAGGGGGGGUUCUCAGUGCCCCAGACCUUCAGCCUGAAGCUAUGCUGGGAAAUUUGACAGAUGGUGGGGACAACCAUGCAAACACUCCUCCUGUGCUUAGCUGGCAGGGCUCCCCUGUGUCGGAUCUCGAGGAAGAGGAGCGAGMGCUUGAAAAAGGUGUAAUGAGUAGGCCCGUUCUGCAGCCCAGCCCCACCCAGUGCUUUUCCCCUCAUCCUGCAGACAGCGAAAGCAACGAUGACAUGGAAAGGGAGCCUAGUUUGGAUAAAUUGAAUGAAAAACCCUGCAACGACACAUCUGAACUCUGUGAACCAUCUUGCCCAAUCAAACCAGACAUAGAGGAAGACAAAGAAGACAAGGUAAACACCAGUGGAAAAACGUCUGGCUCACUUCUCAAUGGGUUCCACCAGCAUAAAGCAGGAUUAGACGAYGUCUUCAAGAGUCUUGCCAACUUUCUUGGAAGCCAAAGAGCCACAUGUCGAGGCGGUCCAUUUGGCGGUGCUUCUACAAAAGGAGUGAAGUACUCCUCAUCUCUUGCUGUAGUGCCACAGAUACAUGAUUGUGAAAACCAGGAUAUCUCCUCCAAAUUGACUCCCACACCAUCCUCUGAGUCCAACAAUCAGUCACCCUCUGACACUACCWCUAAAUCUCUUGUAGAAUUCCACAGUUCACCAUAUCUGAAAGAGCCUGUCAAAAUGCAAGAAAAGAUGGAGAGUUCUGCAAAGGAGAGACAAGAAGGGAGGCUUGCUGAGAACCUCUUGGGGAAAUCAGAGUCCUCUCUUUUGGAGGGAUCACUGAGUGCAGAGCUGAGAGUGACCACAACACACAGGGCCUCUUUCACCAGUGUCAUUAGCGUCUCUACGAAGGAAGAGCGAGAAAACAGGAAAGAGACGGGGCUCAUGGCUGCAAACAGGAAGCGAAAACAAAAGGCUGAGGAUGUGGGAAGAGGAGCGGAGAUCAAAAAAAGGAUAAAGGCAAAAAAGAGGAAAAUAAAAAAUAAAGCUAAUCAUGUAAAGGUUUCGAACAAGAGGGGCAUUUCAUCCUCAGUGUCAGUCGUCUCAAGAUCCCCCGCAGGCAAUAUGAAGGGCCAGUUUCCUCAGGAAAAUAAACUCCCCCAUGGCAAAGACAUCAAGAGAAUCAAAUUGGACACUGGGAACAGCGAUGCAAACCUGGUAAAAGAUAUCAAAGUAGAAGACAAUAAGUUGAAGAAUAAGGCAACCUCAGACAACAACACCUCAAACUCAGCCUCAGCUGCAACAAUCACUACUAACAAGUCAGGUGCUACCAAACCAGCAAGCAGUCCUCCCUGCUCAAAAGCUCCAGUGGAUCCCUUGAGACUGAAAGCAUUGUCCAUGGGUUUGUCAAAGGAGCUGAAGAUCAUCUUGGUUAAGAUGGACAGUGCAGGAAGGCAAACGUUUAACAUAUCAGAGCUGGAGGAAAGAAGAAUCCCACUUUCCAAGAUCAACAUUCAAAACACAGCAACUGAAGUGAUCAGUGCAUGCAAGGGGACAAAAGUGAAGGGCAAAUUUAAGGAGUCCUACGUGCUUCCUGCCUUGUCUGUCAAACCCAACAUCAAUGUUCACACUCCAAUUCCUCGGGAAAAGCUUAACCCUCCCACACCGAGCAUUUAUCUGGAGAGUAAGAGGGACGCCUUCUCUCCCGUCCUACUUCAGUUCUGCACUGAUCCCAAAAAUGCCGUUACGGUCAUCCGAGGCCUUGCUGGCUCUCUCCGCCUUAAUCUUGGCCUGUUCUCUACCAAAUCUCUGGUUGAGGCCAACUCAGACCAUGCUGUGGAAGUGAGGACUCAGGUUCAGCAGCCAGCUGACGAGAACUGGAAUGCGAGUGGCUCCGCACAGACGUGGCCCUGCGAAAGCAGCCGCUCUCACACCACCAUUGCCAAAUACGCUCAGUACCAGGCCUCCAGCUUCCAGGAGAGCCUGCAGGAGGAGAAGGAGAGUGAAAGUGAAGAGGAAGAAGAGCAGACCUCAGAGCAGUCAGCAACCUCAAAAACUGCUCUGUUGUUAACGGACAGUAAAGAUGUUCCCUCUGCUGCUGCCAGCAACAAAGGCCAGCCGGCUCAUGCCACGAGCACACUCAGCCCAGAGCAGAAAACAGCAGGAAAGAUCAUUAAAUUUGGGACCAACAUUGAUCUUUCCGACCCUAAAAGGUGGAAACCCCAGCUACAGGAGCUGCUGAAGCUGCCAGCUUUCAUGCGGGUUGAAUCCAACAACAACAUGCUCAGCCUCGUGGGUCACACCAUCCUGGGCAUGAACACCGUCCAGCUCUACAUGAAGGUGCCAGGCAGCCGCACGCCAGGCCAUCAGGAGAACAACAACUUCUGCUCUGUCAACAUCAAUAUCGGACCGGGAGACUGUGAGUGGUUCGCUGUCCACGAACGCUACUGGGACGCUAUCAACAAAUUCUGUGAUAAGCAUGGAGUGGACUACCUCACAGGGUCCUGGUGGCCAGUCCUGGAGGACCUCUAUAGCUCAAACAUCCCUGUCUACCGCUUCAUUCAGAGACCCGGAGACCUGGUGUGGAUUAACGCYGGGACUGUUCACUGGGUCCAGGCAGUGGGCUGGUGCAACAAUAUUGCCUGGAAUGUGGGACCUCUCACCUCUUACCAAUAUCAGCUCGCCCUGGAGCGCUUCGAAUGGAAUGAGGUGAAGAAAGUYAAGUCGAUUGUUCCCAUGAUCCACGUGUCGUGGAAUGUUGCUCGAACCAUCAAGAUCACGGACGAGGAUACCUUCAAGCUGAUCAAACACUGCCUCCUGCAGUCCAUCAAGCACAUCCAAAUUCUCAGAGAGCAGCUGGUGGCUGCAGGGAAGAAGAUAUUUUACCAGGGCCGCGUGAAGGACGAGCCAGCCUACUACUGCAACAAGUGUGAUGUGGAAGUGUUUGAUCUGCUCUUUGUGAGCAGUGAGAACAGCAGUAAAAAGACCUACGUGGUGCACUGUGAGGACUGUGCCCGGGCGAAGAACUCCUCGCUGGCGGGGGUGGUGGUACUGGAACAGUAUCGGACAGAGGAGCUGAUGAAGAUCUACGACAGCUUCGUGCUGGUCAGUGUCACUUUAGCAUCUUGACACUAAAUGCAAAUGUUCAUUUCUGCCUACAUUCCAAAACAAGUUGGAAUGGUGAAGCUUUUUUUUUUUCAUUUUACAAUGUUGUUUCUCUACUUCCUGUAACACUUGAAAUGAAUUAAAACAAUGUGACUAUGAA